AUGGGACUCUUUAAAAAUAAAAAAAAGAAGCAACCGAGUGAUUUUUCCAUUUUUGUGGAACAGAACUUAAGAACUAAAGGUACAGAUCAGUCCACCUCAUCUGAUCGGCGGUACGUAAACCUUGAGAAGGAUCAAGGCGAACGAGGUAGUUCACCAAAAGUAAAUGCAGCAAACGUAUAUCCUGAAUUGACCACUGCGGCAUCUUUGACUGUCUCGUCUUUCGACAGCGAACAUGAGGAAAUCGUGGGAAAUCAGCAAUAUGAAAAUUUUACCAUAUCUUCGCUAGUUCGAGAAUUUGCAGAUGUUAAUGUGACCAAAAAUCAAGAAGUAUAUCAAAUUCCGUCUAUGGCAAGACAAUGUUGUAAGACCGCAAUAGUAUUGUUUAUAUUAGCACUUAUAGCAGGAUUCAUUCUGGUUGGAAUUUUCAUGGAUAACGGUUAG